UAAAUUUGAAAAUUACCAUAUACGCCGUAUCCUAAUCUUCUUACUCUUCUACUUUGUUAUCAUCGAUUCCCUCUCUCUCUCUCUCUCGCUCUCUCUCUCUCUUCCCUCCAAUCCUUUCAAAUCUCUGCAAAACCCUAACCCUAAUUGCGUAAAGCGUUGAGGAUUUUCAGAAGGCAGAAGUGAAACUGGUUUUCUAGGGUUUUUUUGGUUCAGCAAUGGCGCCCGCGACAAAAUUCGGGAAGCAAGGUUUGGACGAUUCGGAGACGCCGUCGAACAAUCUCUGGGUUGGGAAUUUAGCUAGCGACGUUACGGAUUCGGAUCUCAUGGAGCUUUUUGCUCAGUACGGUGCGCUUGAUAGCGUAACAUCUUACUCUUCCAGAAGCUAUGCGUUUUUGUUCUUCAAGCGGAUGGAGGAUGCUAAGGCUGCCAAGGAGGCUCUUCAAGGGACCCUUUUGCGUGGGAAUCCUAUCAAGAUUGAGUUUGCUCGACCGGCAAAACCUUGUAAACAUCUUUGGGUUGGUGGAAUUAGCCCAUCUGUUUCAAAGGAAGAACUAGAAGAAGAAUUCUUAAAGUUUGGAAAAAUUGAGGACUUCAAGUUUCUCAGAGACCGCAAUACUGCAUUUAUUGAAUAUCUUAGACUUGAAGAUGCUUCCCAAGCAAUGAGGAUCAUGAAUGGGAAGCGUUUGGGUGGUGACCAGAUACGUGUGGAUUUUCUUCGGUCACAGCCCUCAAAAAGGGAGCAAUGGCCAGACUCCAGGGAUGGGCAAUUUCAGGGUAGGAGCCUGGGGCCUGCUGAUUUGCAUACUGGGCUGAAAAGACAACAGUAUUCUCAAGCUCUAGGAUUACGAAAAGGAGAUGGCCAGCCCAGUAAUGUUUUGUGGAUAGGUUAUCCUCCUUCUGUUCAGAUUGAUGAACAGAUGCUGCAUAAUGCCAUGAUUUUGUUCGGUGAGAUUGAAAGAAUUAAAAGUUUCCCAUCGAGGCACUAUUCUUUUGUGGAAUUUAGAAGUGUUGAUGAAGCUCGGCGUGCCAAGGAGGGCUUACAAGGCAGACUUUUCAAUGAUCCUCGAAUUACCAUUAUGUUCUCAAGCAGUGACCUUGCUCCGGGUAAAGAGUACAGUGCUAUUUAUACUGGAGGUAAAGGGCCCAGACCAGAUAUGUUAUUCAAUGAACAUACUUUUCGACCUCUGCAAGUAGAUGCGUUUGGUCCAAACCGUUCAAUUAUUUCAAGUGGUUUUCCUGGAUCACUAUCAUCUGGUGGCGUUCUUGGACCUAAUGUGCCAGUGAGGCCUUUUGGUUCUCAAGGUAGAUUUGAACCUCUGCUUUCUGGCUCAGAACUUAAUGAUUUGACCAAUCUUCCUAACUAUCAGGAAGGUAAUUCCAAAAAUUUGAUUGGUCCAAACUGGAGACGGCCGUCACCUCCCACGCCUGGCAUGCUGUCUUCCCCUGCACCAAAUAUAAGAACACAUCCAAGAUCUGCCUCUAGUGCGUGGGAUGUGUUGGAUGUUAACCAAUUUCAAAGGGAUGCUAAAAGAUCCAGGAUAGAUGGUCCUUUGUCCAUUGAUGAUACUUCUUUUCCACUAAGAAAGAUUGAUGAUAAUGUGUUGGGUUUGGAACAAUCAUAUGGGCUUGGUCAAGUUGCUGAUGGCAGUGUUUCUGGUUCAUUUGCAAAUGUUCAAGGGAGGAGUCACCUUAGUCCUGUUGGUGGAAGGAUCUCAGCUGGAGGACCUGCCCUAGGUCAUCCUGAUAACGAUUUUGUGUGGCGUGGCAUGAUAGCUAAGGGUGGGACUCCUGUUUGUCAUGCUCGUUGUGUUCCUAUUGGAAAAGGAAUAGGAGCUGAGCUCCCUGAAAUCAUCAAUUGCUCUGCUAGGACGGGUUUAGAUAUGCUUACAAAACACUAUGCAGAGGCCAUUGGAUUCGAUGUUGUUUUCUUCUUGCCAGAUAGUGAGGAUGAUUUUGCUUCCUACACUGAAUUCCUCCGCUACCUAGGUGCAAAAAACCGUGCUGGUGUUGCCAAGUUUGAUGAUGGGAUGACCUUAUUCUUGGUUCCUCCAUCAGACUUUUUGACAAAGGUCUUGAAAGUUGCUGGUCCUGAACGGCUUUAUGGUGUUGUUCUGAAGUUUCCUCAACAAGUACCUGGCAGUGGUUCCAUGCAGCAACAGUCACACCUGCCUAUUCCAUCUUCACAAUAUAUUGAGAGACAACACAUUCCUCCUUCGCAGGCUGAGUAUGGUGUUAUACCAUCGAAGGACGAACGAGUUCUGCAGAUGGAUUAUAGCAGGGUUUUGCCAGAAGAACCAAAGCUUCCUUCAAAGCCUCAUUUUCCACCUGCUAAUGAUUCUUCUGGAUUGCAAUCUGUAGCUCAUGAUUAUGCUCCUAAUAGUGCUGCAGCUAUGUCACAAGCUGGAGUUUCAUUAACACCUGAGCUGAUUGCCACUCUUGCAUCCUUGCUACCUGCAAAUGCACAGACUUCUGCUCCAGAGGGUGCAAAGCCAUCAGGCUCAUCAACCAUCACGCCUACAUAUCCAUCUGUUGCACCUUAUAAAGUAACCCCUUCUCCUGGAUGGAAACAAGAUCACCACCAGACUUCUGACCACACAGGACAUGCACUCCAACAAUUGGGAAGUCAGUUUAAUUCUCAAGGGCAAAAUCUUUCACAGUUUCAGCCUUAUCCCUCUGUCUCAAAUGUACCUGGCCACUCUGCACAAUCGGUCCUUGGUAACACCCAGUUCCAAGACUCUGCUGUUGGUCUAUCGCAGCAGGCAACAGUUUCAUCUAGGCCCCCUAGUAGUUUUCCAGUAUACACCCAAGCUGGACAAGUGGCUGCUUCCCAACAUCUCACCCAAUACCAGGUUGAUGGUCCCUCUGCAACCCAGAAGGGCUAUGGGAUUGUACAUGGAACAGAUGCUUCUGGGUUGUACAACUCACCUGUUUCUCAGCCACUAAAUAAUUCUAUGGCGAUACCUAGUCAGUCUUACAAUGCCAAUGCUGUGCAGUCGCAAACUCUGAUGCCUUUACCUGGUGAUAAGGUGAAUGCGGAUGUCCCAAAUCAGGUGCAGCAGCUGCAAUCUGCACUUCUUGGAGCAGGUCAGAGCACAUCUGAAGGUGAGGUUGAUAAGAACCAACGGUAUCAGUCUACCUUGCAAUUUGCAGCUAGCCUUCUCCUCCAAAUUCAGCAGCAACAGCAGCAGCAGCAGGUUGGUACUCAAGCAGGACGGGGAUCUGGCGGUCAACAAUGAAGUUGCUUCUCUUAGGUGUAAUGGCAAAAGGAUAAUCAAAUCCAAUCCAGAAACUGGGUGUUCGCUUGUGAUAUAAUUUUGGGGUUGUUUUCAAGGCAUUACCAGUCAAAAAGGGUAUCAGAGUUUAUCAUUUUCUCGGUAUAGUGUUAGAAGAAUGUACAAUGCAAUUUCCCCUUAGCUAGUCUAUUAUUUUUUAAUCUGUUUAUUUAUUAUUAUUAUUAUUUUUUUAUAAAUACUUUCUUUUUAAUUCAAGCGUUUACUUAUGGAA